AGGCGAGGCGCCCCCCUCCCCUUUCCCCGCUCGAUGGCGAACGCCAGCGAGCUCAGCAGCAGCAGCCCGCACCUGCCCAGCCCGGGCGGCCCGCUCAGCGCCUCCGGCCUCAAGCUGGCCACGCUGGGCUUGAUCCUGUGCGUCAGCCUGGCCGGCAACGUGCUCUUCGCCUGGCUGAUCCUGAAGGAGCGGCACUUGCGCCGCGCGCCCUACUACCUGCUGCUGGACCUGUGCCUGGCCGACGCGCUGCGCUCGCUGGCCUGCUUCCCCUUCGUCAUGCUGUCGGUGCGCAGCGGGGCGGCCGCCUGGCCCCACGGGCCGCUCAGCUGCAAGGUGCUGGCCUUCCUGGCCGUCCUCUUCUGCUUCCACGCCGCCUUCCUGCUCUUCUGCGUGGGGGUGACCCGCUACAUGGCCAUCGCCCACCACCGCUUCUACGCCAAGCGCAUGACGGGCUGGACCUGCCUGGCCAUGGUGUGCAUGGUCUGGACCCUGGCCAUGGCCAUGGCCUUCCCGCCCGUCUUCGACGUGGGCACCUACAAGUUCAUCCGGGAGGAGGAGCAGUGCAUCUUCGAGCACCGCUACGUCAAGGCCAACGACACGCUGGGCUUCAUGCUCAUGCUGGCCGCCGUCAUCGCCGCCACCCACCUGGUCUACGUCAAGCUCCUCUUCUUCAUCCACGGCCACCGCAAGAUGAAGCCGGCCCAGCUCGUCCCGGCCAUCAGCCAGAACUGGACCUUCCACGGGCCGGGAGCCACCGGCCAAGCUGCUGCCAACUGGACGGCUGGCUUUGGCAGGGGCCCCACGCCGCCCACGCUGGUGGGCAUCAGGCAGGCCACCCACAGCCAGAUCAAGAGGCUGCUGGUGCUGGAGGAGUUCAAGAUGGAGAAGAGGAUCUGCAAGAUGUUCUACAUGAUCACCCUGCUCUUCCUGCUGCUCUGGUCCCCCUACAUUGUGGCCUGUUACCUGCGGGUCUUCAUCAAGGCCAGCACCAUCCCGCAGGUCUACUUGACUGCUUCGGUCUGGAUGACAUUCGCCCAGGCAGGAGUCAACCCCAUCCUGUGCUUCAUCUUCAACAAGGAGCUCAGGGUCUGCUUCAGAGCCCACUUCCCCUGCUGCCAAAGCAUACAGAGCACCCAGGGCACCCUCCUUUGUGAUCUCAAGAGCUUUGGCAUGUAGGGUCGCUUUUCUAUUAAUGAAAAAAAAUAGAUCAUUUUCCAUAUUUCUGCAUAUGCACUCCAGAGUGCUGGUUCUGAGGAAAUUCAAAUCACCACCCUGCCCCCAAACUUUCAGCUGUAAGAAGCUAUUUUGUUUAUUUUUUUUAUACUCUGCAUAUGCCAUCUUCAAAACAUAAGAGAUUGCUGCCCUAUGGGCCACUUCCAUGAACAAAAUACCCCAAACCUUAGGCUGUAAGAAGCAGUUUUAUUUAUGUCUUUGUGUGGUUUUUAAAAAAAAACAAAACAGGGCUCCAAGUUUCUGGUCUUGCUUCUAACCUUUGUAGGUGUGACUGCACCUGAUCUGGAUAAAAGGCCAUGGUAGUUUUAUCCCUUAUUCCUGUCUGUUUUGAUAAAGGCUUAACAAUUUUAUUCAAGAUUUGAUAAAGGCCAAGACAAAAUUUUAUACAAAAGUUAUUUUUGAUGACCUCAACAGGUGUUGUUUUAUUAUUUGUUUUGAAGUCAAGAAGAGGAAGUUCCUAAUGUGUUCAGAAGCAGUGUUCAGUUUCUAUGGGGAGCUGUUGGGUUGACAUUCGCAAGUGAUUUUAAGUAUUGAAAGCAGUGAUGUAAUUUUUGCCUGAAAUGCAAACACAGUGUAGAACUAAUUUUAAUUUUCUUGUUGCACUACUCAUUUGGUAAUAUUUCAGAAUUCUUUGUGAAAUGUGAUUUUAAAAUGAAUAUCAACUUUAAAAAUGAUCAAUUCUACCAGUUUUUAAACUAGAUUGAAUUAAUAUUUUACUGACUUUGUAGGAAGUUAUCUACAAAACUGGGUCACAUACUUGUAUGUUUUGACUGUUUUCUUUAAUAAAAUACUGACACUUUAUGAAGUUGUUUUAGAAUGGAAGAAUAGUGCUUUCUGACAGAAUUUGUGUGCAAAAUUGCAUGUCUUAUGUCUGAGUAUAAUUCACAGUUUAGGAUGUCAUGGAGAAGCACAGAGUUCUCAUUUGCUGUUCAAAGUCAUUUUAGGUAUUUAUACCAAUAAAAGUGACUAAAGUA